AUGAGCUCGCAAGAAGAUCCCGUGCGCUCAGAUUCUGAGGACCAAACGAAGGGCCAGUCGACGCCGGGCUUGAGACGAUUGCUACCAGCAGCAGCCAGCACUGCUGGGCCCAGCGGGGGACCAACCAGCGCAUCUCCGGACUACUCAAUCAGACCGCUCCGGCACCAAGUCCCGGCAGCUUGUCUGCAAUGCCGGAAGCGAAAGGUCAAGUGCUCCGGAGCGAGACCAUCGUGCCAUCGAUGUUUGCAAAACGACGUCGAUUGCAAAUGGGACACCGAGCCCGACACGUCUCGCCUUGUUUCGAUACGCAAGCGCAAGGAAGAACUCGAACGCGAAAAUGAGGACCUGCACGAAUUCCUGCGCUUCCUCAUUUCACGGCCAGAAGAGGAGGCUUUCGAAAUCUUCAAACGUCUCCGAGCAUCCGGAGACGCGUUGGAGGUGCUCAACUUUGUGCGCACCGCCGAUCUCCUCUUGCAGAGACGACAAGUAGGAGACGAUGUCAACCAGGAAAUCCCCAAGGAAACGGCAGCAGAAAGAGAGGACAACCUUCCCGUGAGCGACUUCAAAGUGCCCGCAAAACCGUGGACUAAUCUAUCAAACGACAUCAUCGUCUCAGAUCUGAUUACCGGCUUCUUCCUUUGGGAAGCGCCCUUCUUCCUCCCCUUCGUGGACCAGCAGACUUUCCUCGACGACAUGCGCAGACGUUCCCCAGAGACGGCUACAUACUGUUCCCCUCUUCUUGUCAACGCGAUAUGCGCACUUCGAAGCCAUACCUCAGAACGUGCAGAAACCUUCGGACGAGCAAACGGGUGCGAUUUGAGGAUGCUAUUUCUCAACGAAGCCAGGCGACAAUGGGAACUCGAACGUGGAGAGGCGCUGUUGACCACCGCCCAGGCUUUGUUCAUCAUGUACCUGACGACACUGGCAUUGGGGAUGGAAACUUCGGCCACAGAGUAUCAGCUCGCUGCCUGCGAUAUGGCGCACACCCUACAAUCGGAAGUCAAGGGCGGCUUGGGAGCUAAGGAACGAGACGAACGAGCCGCAUCAAAGGCUUUGUGGGGAAUGUACUGUUUUGAAAGGUUGGCGAACGCUGCUGCCGAGGCGAUUCCCGAGCAGGGUCAACUGACAAUCUUUGCCCUAGCAUUUCCGCCUUCUCCUAUCUUCGACCAUCCGCCCUUUCAAAACCUCCCAUCUUUCGGCAUUUCUUUGACGGGGCUACCCGUCACGCUGCAAAACUCCGGGGUGAAGAAUGUCGAGUCGCGACGAUCCGAAAUGCGAUGA